UCCACCCAGACCACACAAUCAGCAUUGUUUCUCAACAGAAAGUCUCCAUUCCCCACACUUUCUCUUCCUUUCUGUUACCACCAACCUUUUCUAGUCUUUUCUAGCACCAACCUUGUUAAAACACUAAACCCAAAGUUCAUAACUUUUUCUUGCAUAAUUUGAAGCUUCUCAUCCCCAAGAUCUUGCAGAAGAGCUAUGAUGGCUGUUUUUGUACUCUCUUUAGUGCUUCUCUUUGCCUUGGCUGGCCAUUCAAGUGCAAUGUACUGUUUAUGCAAAGAUGGGAGCAGUGUGGCUCAGCUUCAGAAGAACAUAGAUUUUUCCUGUGGAAGUGGGGCUGAUUGUAGUGCAAUCCUUCAAAAUGGGGCAUGUUUUAAUCCCAACACUGUGAAAGAUCAUUGCAACUAUGCUGUGAACAGCUAUUAUCAAAGGCAGAGCCAAUCUGGAGCAAAUUGUGAUUUUUUUGGCACUGCAACCCUCAGUGAUAAGCCACCUGGCUCAGUUCCUGGAUCAUGUGUUUAUCAAUCUACACCUGGCAACACGGGUGGAAGCACUGGGACGGGAAACGGCACACCAACUAAUCCCGGGAUCAUCAACAACACGCCUUUCGGGUUUGGACCUGGACCGACAGGGGUUGGGAUUAACCCGGAUGGUAGCGCAGCGGCGACUCAUCAUAAACACUACGCGGCCCUUUUCACCCUAACACUUGUGUUUUCAAGCUUGAUAUGCCUAAGAGAUUGAGUGUAGGGGUUUGAGAAAUGGUUGAAAUUUUGCCAGAAAGGAGGCUUGGUUUUUACUGCAUUGUGAAAAUCACCUGCACUGAAGUCCCACUUGGACUUGUGUCUAUUUUCUUGUUCUUUUCUUGAAAAAAAAAAAAAAAGAAUUGGAUUCCCCUUUCCAAGUGGAAGUUGUUGUGGUGGUAGUGUUAGAUAGUGGUGGUCUGAUCUCUUCUUUUUGGAUUUUUUCUCCAUGUACAUCUAGAGAGUAGAGAAAAGGCUGUUGUGUUCUGUAUUUCUUUAUUUAAUUCUAAGCUCAAUUGCCUAUUGUAUUAUA